UUCUUUUUCUUUUUUUUUUUAUUUGCUUGAUAACAAUAAAAAUAUGCGUUUUACUGUAUUAUUAUCGUCAAUCUUAUUGAUUCCAAAUAUUUUCGCAGCAACACUUGAAAAAAGAUGCUCUUUAAGAAGAGAGCGUAUAAGAAUAGAAGAUGGAGUGCCAAUUGCAACUAUUAAAGUCGGUACACCUCCACAAAAUUUUCCAGUUGUUUUUGACACAAGCAAUUCAUUAACUUGGAUACCUUCUGUUGAUUGUCGUACUCGAGAAUGUCGUCAACAAGCCCACCUUUAUAAUCCUGCUGAAUCUUCAACAGCUGUAAAUCUUCAUAGACCAAAAGUUUCAAUCAAAUAUGAUGAAGGAGUUUGUAUUGAUGCUAGAUUAUAUACUGAAUGCAUGUCUGUUGCAGGACUUCAAGUUUGUAAUCAAAUGUUCGGUAGCGCUUAUAGUGUAAAAGGCCUUGGUGGUGAAAACUAUCUCGGAUCUCUUGGUCUAGGUGGAUUUAAUGCUGAUGGCUCUACAAAUUAUUACAAUAACUCAGCUUCAACUCUUUCAAAACGUCAAUUUGUCAAUGGUGCUGGAUUUGCCCAGAAUGGGUUCCAAACUGCUUAUGGCAGGACGUCACAACAAUUCAGUUUUUAUAUAACGAACAGAAAUGGAUUCUACCAAAAGAGAGAUAAUGAAGAAUCAGAGGAAGGCGAAUUUAUCUUUGGUGGUGUUGACCACAAUGUUUAUAAGGGCGAUAUUGCUUACUUUAAGUUACCUACUUGUGAUUAUGGUGAUUCUCCAUUUUGGAAAACAGAAAUCAAAUGUGCUAAAUUAGGUGAUAAGAUAGAUAUUAAACUGGCACCCAAGUCAUUAGCUUCAUUUACUACAGGUUCUAAUUAUAUCUCGGCUCCUUCAAAGCAAGCAGAUCUUUUAAACGCUGCUAUUAAUGCUGAAUAUGAUGAAGUCGAUCAAAGAUACGUUUUAAAAUGUUGCGAUAAUCUUGAUGAAAAAUAUCCUACUUUAAAACUUGACUUUAAUGGUUAUCGUAUCUCUUUACCUCCUAAACUUUAUAUCAAAAAAGAUAAACGUGAUGCUGAUAGAUGCUACAGUUUAAUUAAUAGAAACACAGAUGACGAAAAGGCCUGGAUCUUAGGUGGUGCCUUUCUUAAUAAUUUUUAUCAUAUCUACGAUGCUAGCAAUAAUCGUAUUGGCUUAGCAAUUCCUAAAAAUGGUUGUGAUGCAAAGAUUCAUAAGCUUCGCAAGUAAUAGAUUACUUUAAUUUAUUGUACAUUCUUCUUUUCUAUGUAAUAUUCCUAACAAAUAAAGCAAAUAUUAAAAUAAAAAAAAUAAAUGCUAUUUUAAGGCAUAUAUAUUUAUAAGA